AUGACAUCGAUUCAACGUUCGGCGACGAGUUCUGGAUCUGAAGGAGGAGAUCAGCAAAUCGACGAGAGGAAACGGAAGAGGAUGCUUUCGAACCGCGAAUCCGCGAGGCGAUCGCGGAUGAGGAAGCAGAAACAGCUGGAGGAUUUGACCGAUGAGGUUAGUAGAUUGCAAGGCGCGAACAAGAAGCUUGUGGAGAACAUAACGGCCAAGGAAGAAGCGUGCGUCGAAACCGAAGCCGCGAACAGCAUUCUGAGAGCUCAGACCAUGGAAUUGACCGAACGAUUGCGCUUCUUGAACUCUAUCCUUGAAAUCGCUGAAGAGGUCGGCGGAUUAUCCGUUGAGAUUCCCGAAAUUCCAGAUCCUCUCCUCAAACCGUGGCAGAUUCCUCAUCCGACACAACCGAUUAUGGCAACCGCAAAUAUGUUUCUACGUUGA